GUAUGUACUGUUCUAAUGCACCUCCCCCCUCCGCUCCGUCCCCAUCCCUCCCUCCCUCUCUCUCUCUCGCUUUCUCUCGCUUUCUCUCCCUCCACCACCACCACCACCACCAUCAGCUCAACCCACUGCCUGUCUUCUCCCCCUCCGCUGCGGACCUACCGAAGCCACUGCAGUGAAUCCUCCAAUCUUCAAACCGAGAACAAGAUCCGAGCGACGCGCUUAUCGCGACUUCCUCGCUCAGAAAAAUACGUUAACCGUCAGCGACAGUUGAGUUCCGCGAGAUUCUGCACAAGGCGAAGAAACCCCUCCGACAGAAUGGGAAAUGAGGCGAGUUAUCCCUUGGAGAUGUGCUCACACUUUGAUGCUGAUGAGAUUAAAAGACUAGGAAAGCGUUUUAAGAAGCUCGACCUUGAUAACUCGGGCUCUCUCAGCGUGGAGGAGUUUAUGUCUCUACCCGAGCUGCAACAGAACCCGCUGGUGCAGCGAGUCAUCGAUAUAUUCGACACAGACGGCAACGGAGAAGUGGACUUUAAAGAGUUCAUUGAAGGUGUCUCUCAGUUCAGCGUGAAGGGCGACAAGGAGCAGAAGCUCCGCUUUGCGUUCAGGAUUUAUGACAUGGACAAGGAUGGCUACAUAUCCAACGGCGAGCUGUUCCAGGUGCUGAAGAUGAUGGUAGGGAAUAACCUGAAGGACACCCAGCUGCAGCAGAUCGUCGACAAAACCAUCAUCAACGCAGACAAGGACGGGGACGGGAGGAUAUCCUUCGAGGAGUUCUGCGCGGUGGUCGGUGGCUUAGACAUUCACAAAAAGAUGGUGGUGGACGUGUGAAGAGCCCUUCACUGAACACCCUCUUUUUCACUUCUCCAUUUCUGAGAAUCGGCUCCAGACGUUCCGCUAACGCACGCUCUCUCUCUCUCUCUCUCUCUCUCUUUCUCUCUCUCUCUCUCUCUCUCUCUCUCUCUCUCUAUGGAAGUAUUCCUGAAUGAUGCCUCUGUUCCCCGUCUGUACUCCCUGAGCCAUCCUAAGUGUUAUAGAGCAUGAGAUUCUUCUGUCCACGUUCUCGGGUAUUUAAGGACAGUCAGAGAAACGUCGUCUCUGUCGAUUACCGAGCGAUUCAGUGUGGUGGAGAAGGAAGAGAGGAGGGUGUGUGUGUGUGUAUGCAUGUGUGUACGUUCUUUAUUUUUAUUUUUGAAAGGGGGGGGGGGGGGGUUUCUAUUUAUUUUAGUCCUGUCUUUUUUAAAGAUGAUCUAGGUCUACAGGGAAUACAUGUAUGCGAGCGAUAUAUGAUUUCAGUGCAACACUCUUUCUUCAAGCAUGAAGUGCCAAUCGAAACAUCCAAUAGCUGUAUGUUGAAAUCGCUAUCUGAUGUUUUUCAUGUCAUGGGGAGAUUAAAAAAAAGUUUAACAAGCUUAUUGUUUUUUUUUUUUUUUUUGGUUUUUCAAUCUCGCGCAAAAAAAAUGCAAACCCGAUUCGAAUUUUCUACCGAGAAUGUGUGCGUGAAUGUGAAUGUGAACGUGUGCUGGGGAGUUCAUCUACCGUCUUGCUUUCUGAUAUACAGUAGACUAGGAUAAAAAGUAAAUAUAUUUGAAGUCGUGCACAUAUACAUGUAUGGUUUACUUUUUAAGACCGGUGUUUUAUCACAGGGGUCAGGGAGAUCACAUAUUACUGUAGGAUGGAACCGUGCCAUCAGUAAACUCAACUUUUUGUGUGUGUGUGUGUGUGUGUGUGUUAACACCCCAUUUUAACACCACGAACGAGUCAUUUUGAUUUACCUCUCGACGUUGCGAGGAUGCCGUGCAUAUUGUGGCGGACUGAAUCCACAAUAACACCGAAUUUGAAUAUAUGUUGUGGAAAUUUAAGGUUAAUUUUUUCCAACUUGACUGCAGGCAGCAUUGUAAAGAUCUUAGUAGCUCAUAUUUGUAUAUUAGGGAUUGAAGGACAGAAUGUGUGUUUUGUGGGCUUGGGGUUUUUAAGCUUUAAUCGCGUCGGUUCGCAGCAUGUAGGCAAAAACCAGACCAGACUGACCAUCAGUUUCUCUCUUUCACUUCAUCAUUUCAAAGGCGGAUCGAUGGGUUCAAGAAGGAGAGACCAAACUAAACGCUGUCAAUGCGGAUGAAUAAACUCGAAGCGUUCGUUUGCUUUAAAUGUGAAUCUCCCGCGCAAAGCGGCGCCAUCUUCCGCACGGAGACGGCGGGAGACUUGUGUGUCUUUCCUGAAGACUGUCGAGGUCUCGUGAUGUGCUUGCAUGAGACGGGAGGGUUUCUCUCUAUUUUUUUCUUUCUAUUGUGCAUGUAGUUUUUUUUUUUUGGGGGGGGGGGGUCUUGUUUACAUAUGAAUAGUAUGUUUGAGAUAUAAUCUGAAUGACAAUUAUAUAUAAAUAUAUGGACGUUGCCAAAGUUUUGGUAAAUGUUUAAACAUGGAAAUGAUUUUAAAGCGAGUUUCUUCACUACAUUAAUCCAUAAAUAUGAAUAUAAAAAUGCGUGAGUUAUACUAGAUGGGUGUCCGUCACUCCCAGCGAAGCUUCUUUUUGUUCUUUUAGUUUUUUUUUCGUUAUUGGUUUGGUUGAAUUGUUUUGUACAGAAUGUGUGUUUAUUAUUGCUUCUUGCUUUCGGUUCUGUUUUGUAUUUCUUCAGCUGGGGGUCAGACAGCCGUCUAUAUAACUUUCGGUGUGGUGGGAUUUUGGACAAAGGAAACAUCUGCUUUUAGGUUCAACGUUUUGUUACUUUCUUCAUUUCUCUGCAUGCUGCGUCAUAUGCUGUGGGAACCAUUGAAAUGUCAUUCAUGAAAAUGAGAAAUAAAAUAUUUGAGACUUGUA